CGCACGCGUCACGUUCCAGAGUGAGAGCGAGUGAGUGAGACCGGUGUCGAUGGGCGGUGACUGAGAGAGAGCGAUAAAACGAACCGAGGUGAGUGCAAGCGCGCACGCCCGAUGGAUAGAGCGAGAGAGAAGUAGUGUGCGACGGAGAGACCAGACGGUAGUAGUGGUUGUGCGUGUGGAAAAAAAAAUCGUUCAGCCGGCUGUGUUCGCGGUCUUUGGUGCUGGCAGGACGUAGCGGGGCGGCAAGAGCGCGGCGGCGGUUUGUGUGAUUGUGUGUUGUCGGAUGAUGUCGGACCGAGAGAGCGGCGAUGAACAGCCCCAAACCCCAAGUGAGUACCUAAUUAAACACGACGAGAUAACGAAUUUAAUUCGAGCUGCGCGGAACAGCUCGACCCGCUGUCCCGACCGCGGAACGGUGCCGAUCGGCGCGUCGGCGGUCGCGCGCACCGAACUUCGUCGUCGCUCCGUUCGGAAAGAUAACAAAUUCACUGAUCCAAGAUGGCUGACCCCGAGCCGCAGCGCCGCUUGUCAGCCGGUCACUGACAUUCGUUCGGUGCGCCACCGAAGCGCCGAUAUUCGCGGCUGUCUCUCCCGUUCCAUGAGUAGUCUGCUCGCGUCCUAUUCGAAACAUAUGUCCCCGACGUUCAUAGGCCCUGCGUUAGGUGACCGAUUUUCGCGGUACAUGCAAUUUUAAAAAAAAAACCUCAACGAAUUACACGGUGCAAGAAAAUACUUUAGGCGCGUAGACCGAGCGCCGGAGCUCGUCGGGUCCGAGUUGUUCGAUCCGUAGGUAAUAUUCAUAUCAGUUAUUUCUUUCGGUAAACGAGUAUGCUCGAAAUGUCCGGAGACGCGCGAUCCGCUAGAAGACGAGGUAUUUUCAUUUAAUGAGCAUACCCCAUUAAAUUCGUGCAUGCCAUUAUCGGUGAUGCGCAAUGUACAUUAUCGACUGAAUACUAAAUAUUCUGAAUUUUUGUUUACAGGACAAGCUUCAAAUGGACCCACAGGUUCUGAUUCCGGUAAGAAUAAUAUUCUCUUAACAGCUACUUGUCAACUCUUAUAGUUGAAAGUAUUUGUAAAUACUAUUUGGCUUUUUUAAUUCACAAUUUUAGUAUUGUAUUGUAUUAUAGUUACCUAGGUGCCUACGGAUAUUUUACUUAUUUUUAUCACACUUCAAUUUCUAAAUAAAAUUACAUUGGUCUUAUUUUCGUAACAGAUGUUUUAAUUACCUAGAUGUUUAGUCUUUAUAUACUAUAGCUACUAAACAUUAAUUUAUUAUUCAGCUUUGUUUAAGUAACAUUUAUAUUGAAAAUUCAAUUAGGUAAUGCAGGGUAGAGUUGAACAUUGUGUAAAAUUAUUUUCUGAAUUAUUAAAUUUAUACUUGUUAUUUACUAAAUCUGUGUAAACAAUAAUUAAACAUUAUAGGUUUAUAUAAAUAUAUAAUGUAUUAACAUAUAGUUGUAAAUGUCAGAAGUUAGAUAAUACUAAGGUUUAUUGAUUAAAUUUAGUUUUAUUAAAAUAAUAUUAUGUCAGUACAAAUGCCUAAUCUAGGUAUUAAUUCGAUUACUUUUAUUUAAUUUUUAUUGACUUUUAUUUGUGGAAAAAAAAAUGAUUCACUAUUCAAUAACAGAUACAAAUGCCUUAUCAACUAAUUGUUAUGCCACAUAUCUAGUUAUCAGUACAUUUUAGUAUUGAAUGAGUACUUGUAUUAUAGACGUCGUACUUCUAUUAUGUUCCUGUUAUGUGUGUUAGAUUUUUAUCUAUUUAGUGAAAUAAAAAUAACAAUUAUAUGUAGGUAAUUAUUGGUUAUAGGAUUUAUACAACAUUUUUCUAAAAUUACAUAAUCUCGAACAUAUUUAUGCAUUUUAUUUUCAUAUUAUUAGCUUGUUUAUAAUAUUAUAAAUAUAUUAAUGUAGUUAUUACAUCAUUGUUAGUGAAAAUUGUAUUGUUUUAUCAAAAUCAAAAGAAAUACUAGACAAUUCAAGUAAAAGUUAAUUUUAUUAGCAUUGUAGACACAUACACCUAUUAUAAGUAUAUUACAUUUUUAAAUAGAAAAUAAUUUUUAAUAUCAUCAUGUAUUAUAAUUUAUUUUAUAAUUACAUAAUGUGUAUUAAAAGAAUACUGCGAAUACAAGCUCUUACUGUUUUUAAUGAAAUCAAAUUUGAAUGAUCCAGAAUUAUAACUAAACAAAUAUUUCUAUUUUUGGUAGCACAUUCUGGUAUUUUAUAGUAAAUAAAUAUUGUACAAAGGUACAUUUAAAAAAAUAAUUAACUGAUGUUUAGUAUGUUAAUAGCACUGUGAAAAUUACUUUUGUAGAAUAAAAUAUCAUUCCCGGUCUGUUUAAAAUCUAAUCAUGAUUUAAUAUUAAAAAGUCAAUGACAUGAGUUGUUUCAUUUACUUAGAGUUGACUUCAAUUAGUUCUGACCAGUCAAUUGUUGUGCUAAUUGUUUUAGAUAUUUAUUGCAACAUUGAGAACUCUCAUUUCCGACAUAAGAAUAAUAUUAUAUUGAAGCAGUUUAAAAUGUAAUCUAUUGUAACUUAGGCGAGUAUAUUAAGUGGUUUUAUAUUUGAAAAUCAUAAUAAUAUUUAGGUAGGUAGGUACUUAAAAGUUUUUGUAUUAUACAUAUCAAUUAGUUUUAUUAAAUUAUAUUAAUUUAGCUAUAUUUUAAGAGUUAUUAUAAUUUGGUUUUUAAGUUAAUUAUAUAAGCACUCGCUAACUUGUUGCACAUUUUACUAUUUCAUCAGUUUCCAAUAUAGUGGAUUUUGCUUAAUGUAGGCAGUUGGGACCAGUUACAUUUGCCCAUAUUAAACAGUUGCAAAUGUGCUAUGCAUUAGAAUUGGGCUAGAUCAUUAUGCCUAUUUUAGGUGGCUGCCUACAUUAAUCAGUUGCCACAUUACGCGGAAUAAACUUUCUAUAAAUUUACUUUUUUUCAAAUCACUAUUAAAGUAAUACUAUCUUAGUCUGUAGUGGUAAUCUUAGAUGUAAAUAAAUAUACUUUUAUUAAAAUAAUUUCUAAAGGCCGUUCUUACCAACGUAAAAAAUUACGGUUUUUUUAUUUUUAAACUGAGUUUUUAGUUGAUAACCGACCACGAUUGGUUGAUUAUCUUAUAAACUCUAUUUAAAAAUCAACAUUUUCGUUGGUGGGAAUGAGCCUAAGAUACAUUUUUUUUAUACAUCAUUUAUGAUAGUACCUAUCAUGAUAAGUUUAUAACUGUAAAAGUUCUAUAAUACUGAAAGUGCAUUAGUGCAAUUAUUAAUAAUUAAAUGCAAAACUUUAUACCAUGACCAAAUCUAAUCAAAUUUCUGUAUAUAUUAUAGUAUUUAUAAAAACAAAUAUCUAUCUUACCAUUCAUAUUUAUUUUUAAAUUGCAUAAAAAUAAUCAAUAUAUUCUUUUUUUAUCAGUGUUUAGUGUUUACAUAAUAACUAUACAAUCCACGAGUUAAUAAUAAUCAAGUUUUUUUGGUUUAUUUACAUUUAAAUAUCAAUUCUUUGAUGUCUUCAAUAAUAUUAAAAAACUACCUUACUUAAAUUGUUUACAACAGCGGUUUCCAACCUUUUUCUUUUACUCUAUUUUGGGUAUGCGAACCACAUUAAAAAAGCUAUCCUAGGAUAAUGGGAGUACAGCCACCGUUGUUGGUAGAAAGUUAGGAAGGUUGGAUACAGAAGGGAAUUUAAUGUAUAUCUGUAAGGAAUGACGAUUCAUUGCUAAUGAAAAAACGAUUUUGAGCAGAGUUCAGUUGAUAGUAAUGCUUUGUCAACAAUAUAUUAUAUGUCAUAUUAUGGUAAAAUAAUUAAAUAAGUAUUAUAUAUUUUCUUUAAUAAUAUUUGCUUAAUAUUGUACCGAUUUUCUUGUUUUUUCCCGGCUUUUCACAUUUUUUUGGAAAACUAUUAGGAAAAUCGAAAAAUGACCUUCAAGUACCUUCCCAGUCAAAUUUCUUUUUAGAAAAUUGCUAUCAUUGUAAAUUUAAGCAAAGUUUCUGGUCGAAAAGUUUUUCAAAGGAAAAAAUAAUUUUGUAAUAUGUUUUAACUAAUACUUAUAAUUCGUACAUUUUCAAUUUUUUGGGGGUGGUUUUACAUUUGCUUAUUUUCUUAUUAUUUUUACUAGUGUGCAUAUUUUUUUUUUAUUUUAUUAGAUUAUAAUCAACAUAUUUUUUUUUCAUUGCGACCCAUAGGUUGGGAUACACUGGUUUACAGGUCUAUUGCUUAUUUGUGAUUAAAGAAUAAAUAACCAAUUAUUUUAUUAUUGAUAACAAAUUAAAUUUAAAAAAUAAAAUGUGUAUAUUAUUUGUAUUUUUAAUAAUUUAAUUAUAAACAAAUAUUUAUGGUUAUUACAAUCUCCAGUUUAUGAAUAAAUUCUCUAAACUUUAUAAAAAUAUAAGAAAAUCGCUUAAGAACUAAACAAAACCUGAUCAAAGAGGUUCAAGUUUUAAUUGAUAAAUAUAAUUUAAAAAAUUGAUUUAUUGAAAUUGAAACGCAUACAUUGUUAAUUUCACAUUAUGAAAAUUAUUUUAAGUACUUAUUUAAAACCUGAUUCUAUUAAUCACAUAAAUCUAAAAUUUGAAAUAGAUAUUUAUUUUCUUUUUGUUAUACCACCGUUUGAUAUCUGUGCCAACAAAAAUAAUUGUCUUUUAAAUUAUAUUAUGAUUACUGAAGAAAAAAAUAGACCCAACAGAAACUAUAUAAUGUUUUUAAACCUGUAUUGGAUUUAACCUAUUUAUGAUACAUUACAAAAAUUGUAAAUAAUUAAAUGCAAAGUAAAUGUUCGUAGUCAAUCAGGCUGUAUGUUGGUAAAUAUUUCGAAUAUUCAUUUUGUAUUAUAGUUUAAAACAAAAAGAACCAUUUCAACUCUGGUAUUUUCGCCUAUUUUUGAUAAUUAUUUAUUACGUUACCCUGGCUCCUCCGAGUUAUUUUUAAAACCAGUAUUAGUUUUCCAAUCUAUUAAUGUAGUGUAUCCUCCGGAAUGUCUCGUAAUGUACCAGCCAAAUAUUACAACGAAACAAUAUAAAUGAUAAAUUUAUUACGAUAUGGCUGAAAAACCGAAGUUCGCGUAAAAACAUCGCGUUUUUCUAGGUCGUUUCGACGGGGUUAUUCCCCAUUUUUUCUCAUUGUCUAUGCUAUCCGCGUGUACCUAUAUUAUCGGUCGGGCCGGCCGCAGUCGUCAUCGUCGCAUUCGCGUUCCGUGUCCGGGGUGGUGGUGGGGCGGGGAUUUCUGACGUGAGUCACUCGCCCGGUCUUUUGCCCCGCUCGUCGUGUCCCCGCGUACGGUACGCGUCACCGUGUCGCGGUCGCCGCAACCGCCAAAAGAUUCUCCUUUCGGGGAGAGCACAUGGCGGGAAUACGGACAACUCGCGCCGUAGCAGCAGGUAGUUUGUCGCGGUGACCGCGGACCACUCAGUCGACGUCGACUCCGACCAUUUCGUUUCGCUGUCGUUGCGGGAGUUUUCCAUGGAACGGCGCGAGUGCCUUGUCGCGAGGACGGACGCGUCCGGAAAGUCGGCCGGCGGCGUGACGGUGAACAACGUCGACCGCAGCAGUAGUUGGGACUACGGAAGGAUAUCCUAUUGGCAGCCGGCAGUCGGUAAUUUAAACAAAAUCCACAAAUUCACACGGCCUGUGUCCCGAAUCCGAAAUGUCCACUACUAACGGACUUCGAUUAUUGUUAUCGUUUGUUAAGUUUUUUUUUUUUUUUUUUGUCGUUUUUCUUGAAUUUCGUCGUCUUGGUCUUCAAGAAUAGAUAAUUUAUUACAACGUCAUGCCGGCCGUAUCGCCCGAAACCGAAGAAUUUAUCGUAAUCUAAAGCUGCCGGUAUAAGGUAUACGGCUAAGGCAGCAAAUGACGUGAUGUUCAUGCUGCCGCGUGUCGACUCGCGUUAUCAUUAUUAUUAUUUUUUUUUUUCGGUUAAUAAAAUUACAAAAUACCGUGUUCGUGUCGAUAACAAUUCUUUGUUUUUAGCCUCUUUCGACGGUGAAUAUUGUUUUCCGUAACCGCGUCAAUUCGGAUCGCACCGUUGUAAUCGAACGACACCUAAUAAAACAGAAUAUUGUUCUGAAUAACAACCGAUCGCGAGCAUUUUUCAUGCCGGUUAUCGCGCGUCUUGUGAAAACGAAUAACAUUUGUUAUGGGGAUCGGAGGCGACAAGUUUCUGUCUUUGUUUUACACGCGCCAUGUAUAGAGAUUUAGACGUGUUUCAAUAACAACGUACCGACCGAUUGAUCUAGUGAAGCGAUAAGAAUUCUGGAAACAGAUUUGAAUUUGUCGUGAGUCUGCUGGAGAUCGACGUUAUCGCUUUUUUAAUUUACAUCUUGAAAUUCUAAAAAAAAAAGCCAUACUAAUAAAAGAAUAAUCGAAAAAAUGGAAAUAUUUUAAUUUUUUGAGAAAUUAAAAUCAAAAUAACGGGAAAGUCGACCUCAAGUAGACUUCACGACAAAUUCGAAUCUGCUUUCAGAGUUCGCAUCGCUUCACCAGAUCAAUCGGUACCUUGGAAUUAAAACACGUCUAAAUCCCUAAAGAUAUCUCACGCACGUAGGACAAAAACGGAAACUCGUCGCUUCCAAUCUCCCUAAUCGUUUAGACCUGCGAAAAUCACCGCGUGGCUGUGCCCUCUGCCUUUAAAAUAUUAUAAUAUUUAUACGGUCGUGCCUGACGAUACGUUUUUCUUUCGGCUUGUUCCAAAAACGAUUUUCGAUAAUGGAAAUCGCGAGUAUUCGGUAGAUGGGGAUGCUAUGCGGGCGGCUACUUUAUAAAGCCGGGUUUAAUGGGUUUCACGCACGGGAGGCGUAAGUUCCGUUAUAGAUAAUUGUUUCAAUUGAUUUUCGUAUUUUUGGAAAAAAAACUUACCAUUUUUUUUUUCUAGAAUAAGCCGAAAUUGAAUUUAUUUUCGCAACCACGCCUCCCCCCUCCUCUCUCUUUCAACAACACUGUAUUCACCGUUGUCACAAACGCAAUAAUAAUAUUGGAUAUGUAUCGACGACUGAACGAGAUUUACCCCUCCCCACCCCUUCCGAUAUUUUGACGCGACAAUUUUCGUUCCCGUAUAGACAGCUCGAUAUAUUUUAUUUGAUGGUUCGAAUAGUAUGUGUAGUAUCCUCUCCUCAAGUAUAACACAACCGAUUCUUUUAAUAUUUAUUAUUUGUUUGAUAAUUUUGUUACUUAAAAAUGCAAUUAUAAUGUAUACGAUCUAAGAUAACGAACAAUUAUUUUAUUGAUUGUGAUUAAUUCUCGGGAUUUAUUGCACUUAAAUUUCACAAAAAAAUAUAAUAAAAACAAAUGAUAGAAGGGUUUACAAGUCCCCGUGUAUAAUCAUCCUAACUUAUGAAGUAGCUACCUAUACAUUUCUAAAACGACACAAAUGAUUAACAAAAAGAAAUUUUAUUUAAUUAAAAUAGUACGUAUUAUAGAAAAAAAAUAACCGAGUUAAUAGUUUGUGUAGCGUUAGAAAAUUGUAUUUAAUAAGUUAGACCCGUUACAGACAUUCUUUUUCAGAGCAUUUUUGGGGAUUUUUAGUGCAAUAAAUCCCGAACCCCAGUUAUAACUGUUAUUGUUAAAAUGAAUGUGAAAUUUUGUCAACUUUCAGUAUUAUUUAUUUUAGAAAAAAACGAAAUCAUGGCGCCAAAAAAUAAUGUUUUUACACUAUGUAUACUAACAAUGUAUUCGUAGUAAAUACCCUCUAACGGAUUAAAACGAGUAUAAUUUAAAUAUAUAAAACCAAUAUAAUAAAUAUGCUCACGGACAUAGGAUGUGGGGGCUAAGGGGGCCAUAGUCGCAUCAAAAUCUCUGGCCCCCUCAACAUUUCUUACGUAGCUUCCCUGAAAAUGGGAACGUAGAAAAGGUUUUUUCGUGAUCCCACUUUUUUUUUUUUUACAAAAAUUUAUGGAAUAAGUGUAGUUUAUCCACUUCAGUCCCUCCCCAAAUGUAUUUACUUAUUAUAUUAUAAUAGGCGAUUUCUCAGUAACAUCAUCGUUAGUAAGAAUCAUUCCGUAAUUUUAUUAAUUAAUAUAUGCCGAUUUGUGUGUCUAAAAAGAAAAAAGUGACAAUCAUCGCGAGUAAUAUGAAAUUAAAAAAAAAAAAUUAAAUAAAUCACAUGUUAUUCAUAAACUAUAAUUAUAUUGGACCUGUAAUAUUCGAUUUUUUAAUAUUAUAAAAUAUGCGUAAUGUUAUAAUAUUGGUUUGCGCGCAGAUACUUUUCUGAUUGUUAAGUGAAGUAUUCAUACGAUAUUAAAUUAUUAAUACAUUUUUCUGUUUUCAUCAUAUAAUUCAAGGUUACGAAUAAAAUAAUUUUAAGAGGGGCAAAGACGAAUAAAUGUGUGCGUGUAGUUUAAAUAUUUACCGCAAUCAAAUUUGGUUGUAAUUUUCUGAAGAAAGUCGUUUGCAAUUUCUUCGUAUAAGUUUUCUUCGAGAAAAACGGAAAUUUCAUAUGCAUUAUCGGUUUCAUUAUUUUCGAUUUAUUUUUCCUCGUGUAAUUUAUUUAAACAUAAUUGUAGAGACCUGUUUACUUGUCACCGGUUAUUUUUAUUAGCCCUUUCUAGACGUAUAUAAUUUUCAAAACAUUCUGGCGAUUUUUGAGUUGAUAGGCAUUUUUCAUUUUCGCGGUUUAUUAGUUUUAUUUGGUUUAUGUGUAUGAAAUUUAUAAAACAAAAAUGCUUGAAAAUUUAACACUUGUUCUCUUAGUGGUGAAAAAAAAAAAUAAGCGUUGUUUCAAGUUUAUAUUUUGACGAAAGUCGUAUAAAUUACGGCACUUCAAAACGUCGUUAACCGAACUUAGUUCAGAAUCGUAUUUCGUCAGCAAUGAUUUAUAGUUGCCUACAGAUAAAUAUUUAUCUGUACGCAUCUGUAUUUAUAUAAUUGAAUAACUUUACGUAUCCGCCAUACCUUCCCAACUUCCCACCUAUAACAGUGGUACACUACCCAUCACCUGUAUCGUUUCUCUUCUAUAUUAAAGCGAGGCUGAUCACACGGAUGUGCGAUGGUCGUGUAUAGGGUAGAAAGUCCCGUCCAGUUACGUUACACGUGUGACUCAUAUUAUACACUCACAUUGCGAUAAAUAAUAUAAUUAAUAUUUUGCGUUCGUUCGAAAAUUUAUCACUCGAAAAAAAAUACACUUAUUAAACAUUAUUUAACAAAAAGUGACCGAAGAUUAACACCGGAACUCAAACAAAUUAUAAACGACCGUAUUUUAAUCGUUUUUAAGUUUUAGUUAAACCGCUAAACAACACCCGCCGCACUCUGUCGAAUGUGUUUGCAGUACCGUGCCCGGAAAUGGGAAAGGAUGUAUUAAACAGUAAUCAUGAUUCAUGAACAAAUCGUAAAAGCUUCUUCUGCUAUACCUGGUCCUAUACUGUAAUAUUAUAUACAAUAAAAAUUUAAAAUCCUAGUCCAAUUUUUAUUGGUCAAAUCGAGCUGCAUUUUUUUCCUUGCGACUUGGCUAAAAAAAAAAUUCAUUAUUAAAUUACCAAAUAAACACUCCAUGGUAUUUUGGGGAGGUAUAACCUCUAAUCUCUCCCCUGCUUACGUCAAUGAUCACAUUUGGGAAAGACUGUUGUUCAAAACGUCACUUAUCAAUUAUUUACUAAUAAGACUUAAAUUGUUUAUCACACAGUUUAUUUACCGAAUAAUUGUUGUAUUCCUGCAUAAAAUCGCGGACAACAAUAAUGAAAAUGUAAUUUUGUGUCAAACUUAAAGGUUUUAUGUUUACAUUUCGGAUCUUAAUUUCCUUUGAGCUGUAUCGGAUUUAAACUAACAAACCGGUUAUGUUUUGUAAAACAGUUUUUACUAAAACUCGUAAAAAUAUCCUAAAGUUCUACUAAAAUUCCCGUGAUAGUUAACUUGGUUUCGUUUCGGAUAGGGUCUGUAAAUAAACUACCCGAGAAAGUAGUUGUAUUGAACUUCUUGACUACUCCUACGAUUGAUUUAGCACGGACGAAACUCGGACGCCCGGAGUUACAUUUUGUUAUUUUUUGUCUACCGUCCACCUUCCAAUGACUUUAUAAAAAACUAAAUGUAAAAUAUCAAUCUUUUAGAAGAUGUAGGUAAAUAUUUUAUCACAUCAGCGUAUUACAUUUUUUUUUUUAAACAAAUUCUAAACUUUGAAUACAUUUCCACAUAUAAAUUUGUACUGCAGAAAUAAAAGAACUGUUUUUUUUACGAUAUUGUUAAAACAUUUUUAUAUAAUUUUCCCAUGUUCUGAUGUUAAUUAAUGAUUAUUAUACUAAUACAAUUGUGAUUUUAUACCGAAAUUUGGCACAUUCACGUAUAUAUGUGACAUAAUUGUGGAUAAUUGAUAUAAAAUAUGUAGGAAAGAGCAAAUAACUGUAUUGUGAUAAUUUUGGACCAGUCAGUCAACUGCGAUAAAUUUAUUUCCAUGCCUCCCCUCCCAAAAAAUAUAUAUAUAUAUAUUUUUAUAUACCUGUAAUCAUAUAUUAUUCAUAUAAUUCCUGGAAAAUUUACGCAAACAAUAGUUUCUGUUAAUUUUUUUUUUUUUUGUAAUUCAGUUUAAAUAGUAAUAAUAGAGACCUGAAUUUUUCUCAAAACAUUCUGUCGAUUUUUGAGCCUUUAUAGGCGUUUGACAUCUUCGAUUUUUUUUUUCAUUGUUAAUUUUAUUUACAUAAAAUUGCUUCAGCCCUGUACAAAUGGUCGAAACUUUAUUAACACACGGUUUAAUUGGUUAUCUUAUAUCAUAAGUGGUAAAAAAAAAAUUGAGUUUAAUGUAUAGCGAGUUUUUUUUUUAUUAGCGUUGUAAAUUUAAGUUUUGACAAAAAUCGUUAAAAUCUCAUUGCAUUUUAAAACAUAUGUUUGACUGAACUUCGCUCAAAAUCGUUUUUCGUUAGCAAUGAUAUUUAUCGCGUACAGAUAUAAAUCAAAUUACUUUAUACCUUCUUAACUUUACACCUUUAGCAGUACAAUUUUUUUUUCUUUGUCAUUUCGCGAGUCCUGUUAAUCAACCAGCGGCGAUAAUUAUUUACGACUGCGCGGAUCCGUUUAAAUAUCGAAUUAUUGUUAGGUGCUUAUUUUUUCCUCUCCGAACAGUGUUUCUUCUACUCGGAUAGGCGCAAAGCGUAUAAUAUUUUGUAUUACAGACAAUAAAUUCCCGUGGUACAAAACGACGACGACGACGACCAUAAAUCGUCGUCAUGCAGGUGCAUAUCUGCGACCCCCACUGUCGUUCCUACCCGAUGGAUCAGCUGACGUGACCCACUUAUUGAGCGCCCUGACCUAAUCCCUGCCAGUAGUGUUGUUGCCAUCCCCGAACGCCGUCGGUCGUGCUGGUGCUGCUACCCCUCGGCCAGCGUCGUGCUCCCGCUGUUGAUCUUUUGUUAGUGAAAUAUUAUCAUGGCGGUUUCUUACGGGCUACCGUUACAACUGCAAUAGUCAAAUUCGACUAGAUUAUUAUAAUACUAAUUGAUAUUGUCCGUCGUCUGCGCGAAAACGCGAAUACGCCAUGUCCGACAUCGGCAAAGAAAUUGUCGUCUAUGGUAAAAAUCCGUUUUUCUCGCCGAGUAUUAUAUUAUAUUAUGCUAUUAAGUAUAUUUAAUACCCGCAGUAUUAUCCUAUCGUUGAUGUUUAAUAUUAUUGUUGUUUCGCAUGUCGAAAAACCGGGAAUCUGUCAAUUUAUUUUUUUUAUGUUUUUGCUCUAUAUAGGUCAACAACAGCAAAGCAAUGAACAGGAACUGGCCACUAAAAUGCUUCAAAUACAAUCGAAACGGUUCUACUUGGAUGUCAAACAGAAUAGAAGAGGAAAGUUCAUAAAAGUCGCUGAAGUAAUUACAAUUUGUAAUAUAUUAUUUGUUCUAACAUAAAAUCGUUAUAUUUAAUCAAGUUUUUAGACUGCGACUAUAAAUGAGUGAGUAGUUAGUCUGAUACCUUAAAUCAAACUUUUAGUUAAACAAUUUUUAAUAGCCCCCCAUCACAAUGAACCAAUUUUUUUUUCCUUCACAAAUAUCCAAUCGUUAGAAUAGUCAUAUAAAAUUCAUCCAAUAUUGAAUGGAUAUUAGUAGUCGUGGCAGAGUUAGGAGGACGAUUCCCCCCCUCCCUGGUCACUCAAUAUACUAUUGGCUUGAUUUUCAUCAUAAAUGUGUGCCUUAAAUACUUAUUCAAAAUCGCCCGCCCCUUCUAUUGUUAUCUUGUCCUGGAUCUGCCUCUGGUGACUUUAGUAGAGUCUUAUGAUUUAAAAUAUACUAACUAGGUAUUUAACUUUGUUUAUAGAUUGGAGCUGAUGGCAGAAGAAGUCAAAUUUUUUUGGCAUUGUCUACUGCCGCUGACUUCAGAGAUCAUCUUGGUACUUUCAGCGAGUUUUAUUCACAAUUAGGUAAAUAUUAUUAAACAGUAAUUUAUGAAAUGGUAAUUGCAGUGGAAAUAGGUAUAUACUACAAACUACUUAAUAUGUUAAGGCUUAAAUUAAAUGGUACUAAAAUUUGCUACAAAAAGCACAGAGAACUUUUGGGAUGUCAAAGGUUUUUUUUUUUAUCAACUUCCCCAUUUAUUUAAUACAAAUUUGACUAGGUAUGCAUUAAAAUGUCAUUUAAAAAAUAAUUAAUAUAAUAAUACUUAAAUUUUGAUUUACUCUUAUGUUAACCCACCAACAAGUGUCCUUCAAUAGUUAUUUAUUAACUAUUCCAUACGUUUCAAUUUGUAGUCAAUCUCAAAAUAGACCUAUAAAAAUAUUUUGGCAUUAUAAUUAUUCUUACCUUAUCAAGAUAUCAAAAUAUUUCAGUUACAAAAUUUGUAGAAAAGUACAAAACAUAAAUUUUGUUUCUAAUUAGUAUAAGUAACAAUUUACUAUUAAGGAUUUCUUGGAAGUUAAUUUUUAUAAAAUAAUUAUAAACAAUAUUAUUUAAAUAAGAAUAUUUAAUUAUAAUUUCAUCUUAUUUCUUUAUACAUGUUUUUUUCACAUUAUUAAUUUCUGAUCUGUAAAUUUUAUUAUUAAAACAAAUUAUUAGCCAUUUUUGAACAUUUUACCUUUUUUUUUUUUUCUAACUAGUGAAACCACCUUCCAUUUUAAUAAUUAUCAAUGUAUAAACAUCAAUACAUUAAGUGUAUUGUUUAUGAUUAUAACCUUGUCAUAUUCUAUUUGUCUAAAUUGAACUUCUUUAAAAUUGUUUAAAAAUAUUCUAAAUUAAAAAUAAUAAAUGUUCCACUUACUAAUUAUUGGUAUUAAUAGAUAUCAAUUAAAUGUAUUUAAAUUUAUAAUUUUUGUCAUUUAGUUAAAUAAUUAUGUAUUUUGUUCUAAGUAAACACAAUUUUUAAAGUAGGUAUUUAUAAUAAAUUGUUAUAGGACCACCAAAUCCAGAUACUGUUCCUGAAGACGGAAAAUUGAAAUCUGAAAUGAUGAUCAAGGACAACCGUCGCUAUUAUUUAGACCUUAAGGAGAAUGCACGUGGCAGAUUUCUUCGUGUAAGUUACAUUUUUCUUAGGUUUUUAACUAAUUUAGUUUAAAUUAUAUAAAUUGUAAACAAAAUUUUUAUGUUUUGUUUAUUUUUAGGUAUCUCAGACUAUAACUCGUGGUGGUCCGCGUUCUCAAGUUGCUAUCCCAGCACAAGGGAUGAUUGAGUUUCGUGAUAAUUUGACAGAUUUAUUAGAUGAGUUUGGCACAGAUGAUGGUGGGUUUAAGGGUGACUUGCCUGAUGGUCGCCACAUGAGGGUUGAUAAUAAAAAUUUUUAUUUUGAUGUCGGUCAAAAUAACCGCGGCAUUUAUAUGCGUAUUUCGGAAGUAACAACUACGGCAAGUAUAAAUUACUUUUCAUUAACAUUUUUGAUAUUAUAUUUAUAAUUUAAUAGUACUAAUUUGUUAUUUAUUAAAAUUUUAGGUUAAAGGAAACUUUAGAACAGCAAUUACAGUGCCAGAAAAAUCAUGGGCCCGUUUCCGCGAUUAUUUUAGGGACUAUUGCGAUAAGAUGGUAGAGUGCAAUGAAAAGAGUACUACUACAGCAGAAUCAUUGGUGCCAGCCGAAAGCACCAGUCCACAAUAAACCUAUAAAAGUUAUACAAAAUUAUAUAUACAACAAUUUUUUUUUCACACACUCGUACAAAAAAAAAUUGAAAUCGUUUUUAAUUAAUUUAGAUGGUCUAUUGAAUAGUAUAAUUUAAUAAGGUGGUGGGGAUGAUAUUCGUCCUAUAGGAAUGUGAAUUUAUUAAGGCAUUGGAUUUAUGUUCUAUUUGCACUUGAGUUACCAACCGAUUGUGCAAUGUUAAGUCUUUUCUAGCUUGUUGUUUAAGUGAUCCCUCAUAAUUUCUCUAUUAGUGCAAUAUUUGUUGAAUGUGUUAUAGGUUUUUGAAAUUCUAGUAACUUAACUACCAGAUUGAUGAGUUUUUGUUUCAUAUUUUAUUAUAAAAAUUGUUACAUAUUUAAUUAAAUUUUAUCCCAAAAGUUGACAUUUGUUAAUUAAUUUUGUUCUAGCUUAUUAAUCAUUCCAAAAUUCAGUUUAUAUUUAUUUAUGUAUUUUUAAUUUGAAAUUGUAUAACAAUUCAACGGUUUAAAUUUUCAACAUGAAUACUUUUCGAGUUAACAACUAUUAAUUUAACGGAUUACAAUUACGUGAGUCAAUAUUUUUUCUUUGCUAUUUCUUGCUAUAUUGCUUUAAAAAUUAGUCUUGAGAGUACAAAAUUAAAUAAAUUUUCCAACAACCAAGAAAUAUAAUAGAAAGAAAGAAAGAAUAAUUUAAAAAAAUUUGAAUAUAUACAGUUAUGUUAUCAAUAAUAUUUUAUAUAUAUAAUAUAGAUAUUUUAUUUUGUGUUAGAUGUUUGAAUGAAAAAAGGUUUAUUAGGUUUAAAAGAAGAAAAAACAAUUAUAUGUAUAUCAGCUUUAUGUGUACCUAUUUUAUUUACAGAUCUUUUUUCUAGUCUAUUAAAAUUUUAAAUAUUUAUUCUAACAAAAAUUAUAAUUUAAUGUUAAUAAUUAAGAUUUUUUCACGUACUUAAAAAAAUUUAUUUUGAAAACAAAUUUCUAAUGGAUUGUUAAAGUUUGUGGGUGUGGAUGGGUGAGGACUUUGGUCCUGAGUGGUCUGUGAUUUUGAAAGUAAAACAAUUGGAAAUAAUAUAUAUUUUUUUCUCUGUUAUGUUUUGAUUCUUUAUUAUGUUGGGCACGCGUUACACAUUUAAAAAAUUGAUAUGCUCAAAGCGGUUAUCUAUUUUUUUUUUCCGUCAAUUAGAAACGAUUUAUGGGAACGUUACGUUAAUGAAUGCAAACACACUGCCAUUCUAAAUUUUCCCAAAAUUAAAAGAAAUUCUUUUUAGUCAUUACUUUGUUAACAUUUCAUAUUAUAUUAUUAUUGCAUAAUCGUGGAAAAAUCUAGCAAAUUUAAAAUUUAUAUUAUGUUAAAAUAAUUAAAAAUAUUUGUAAAUUAAAAGUAUUUAUUAGAUAACAAAUUGAGAAAAUUACUUUUUCCACUUAAACAUUAUUUGUAUUUUAACUCACGUUCAAUAGUACCUAUAAAUAUAUAUAUAUAUAUAAUAUUAUAUUCCUUGUUGAUUGUUUUAGAUUUUUUUUUUACUUUAUAAAUAUUUAUUUUCUGUUUGAACUUGUUUUAUACAAAACUUGUUACCAGAUUAUUAUGAUUUUGUAUAAAACAAGUAACAUUAUCUGUGUCUGGAGCAAAUAAACCUAAUUGUAACUUGAAAAGAUAUUUGGUUUUAAAUUGUUCAGUAUACCAUUUAUUAUUUCCUUUGUCAAAUAAUAAUAAUCUUUCUGAAUAUCAAGUAUGUCCAACUAAUUAUUAUUUAUUUAUUUACAGAGUAAUUAUUUUUUUUAUUAUAAACUUAUUAAUCUAUGAAAUUAUUAUUUUUUUUUGUUUUUGGAAAAUGUAACCGCAAAAUAAAUAUCCAAUAUAUUAA